AAAAUAUUCAACUUUUUGUUGUGCCGUCCCCAUGGGAGAUUUUUUUCGUUGGGCAAAACGAACACACAACAACCGCACACGUGGCGGCCCGAAAACACGAAAGACGCACGCAAGCACCAUGGGGAAGCCUCAGGGACGGUCCAACAAGAAGACGUUCGGCCCGCGCGGAGCCGAUGGCCGAGCGGUUUCGAAGAAACCGAGGCCGACGCAGCAACAUGAUCUUCCAUCUCCAGGCGCUGGCGGUGCUCUCUCGGGUGGCCAUGAUGGCGCGAUUUUGAUGGACGUGGACGAAGAGGAAGGUACGGCGGCAGCAGACGAGGACGUCAACGACGAGGACUGGGGCGAUGAGGAUCCCAGCGGUGCACACAGCAGUGGUGGAGGUCAGUCGAUAUUGAGCGCGUUGGCGGCUUCGCAAGAAUGCCGAACCUUCUCCGUCAGGAGGGCGAAAAGGACAUUCAAGAAGUGGAAGCAGGAAAAGGAGAAGAAGCGGGCCAUGGAGCAGGAGGGAGAGGAAAAAGAGGCCGAGAACGAUGCGUAG